UCAGAAUCUGCUGAGUUGAUUGGGACGUCGUUGUGCCUACUUUGCCUAGGACUUUCUGACUCGCUGCUCAAGCACCAUUGCACCAAUGGGGUGGCACUGAAGUGUGUCCUCUCGCCUUGAUAGUUGAAACAGAAGAGGUCGGACCAGAACAGGCUUACGUAGGAGUGUCGCGCACAUAGAGCAUGCUUUCGGGUGUUCUCCGGAGGCGCGCUGCGGCCGAGUGGGCACUUCCUUGGGGCGGUCGCUUUUUGCGUGAGCUGUCUUUCUUUGCGGAGGGGAGUGCACCCUCUGGUAGGCACGUCUCCAACAAUUCUGCAGCUACUUCUGUUCUGAAGGGAGAACUGGCGUCAGCGCUGAAUACAUCUGGCGUCAGAAGCAGCGUCAACCAGACAUACGGCUCGGCGCUAAAACGACCUUUGGAAAUUACGCUUCAGUCAAAGGUGCGCUGGGGGCUUUCUGUGAGCCGACCUGCUGUGGAGCAUUCGCCAUUUCUUGAAAGCGCAAGCGGUGUCCCUGCACUGGAGAUGUUCCUCGAAGCCCCUUCGCACGGAUUGUCCCCUCCGGCUGUCUUCGAUUCAAUACAAACGGUGGCCGCUAAGAGCACGCGGGCGCUCAGUAUUCGUCCACCAUUACCACCGAGCGGCUCAGCGUGGGCCAGCCAUGACACUUUCCGGACACUUUUUCGCGGAGCCUCCUCCAAGUAUCUCUCUUCUUCUAGCUUGACCUCGCCGUCGCCCUUUUCAAGCCAACCGCUCCGCACAGCUCGCGCCACUUGCUGGAAAGUGGCCGGCGCUCGCUCGCACUACACCAGGUUCCUUGGCGAUGAUGGGGACCAGCUGGUGGACCCCCCCGAGGCAGCCGACCUGGUUCCGACAGCCCACACUGGCCCCCCGGUGCCCCUCCACAGCUACCCCAAUGCCAUGAUGCCCUUCCUGGCCAGCCCCCCUCCACUCGAUGCAGUCGUCAAGAUCUUCACCGUCACGUCAAGUCCGAACUACUUCCUGCCAUGGCAAAACAAGCCGCAGCGGGAAGUCUCUGGCUCAGGGUUUGUGAUAUCAGGGCAGCGCAUCCUAACCAACGCACACGUGGUGGCCAACCAGACGUUUGUGCUGGUGCGCAAGCACGGCACCAGCACCAAGUACCGCGCGGAGGUGGAGGCGGUGGGGCAUGAGUGUGACCUGGCCGUGCUCAAGGUCCCCAACGACGACUUCUGGGAGGGCAUGCACCCCCUUGAGUUCGGGGAGAUCCCGCAGCUGCAGGAACAAGUGGCCGUUGUGGGCUACCCGCAAGGCGGUGACAACAUCUCCGUGACAGCAGGGGUGGUAUCACGCGUGGAGCUGACACAGUACGCGCAUGGGGCGGGCCUCCUACUGGCGGUCCAGAUCGACGCUGCCAUCAACCCGGGAAACAGCGGAGGGCCCGCAGUCAUGGACUUUGGCUCUGGGGGCAUGAACUCCAAUUGGAAGGUUGUGGGUGUGGCGUUUCAAAAUCUGCGGGAAGCAGACAGCAUCGGGUACAUCAUCCCGGUGCCGGUGAUCCAGCACUUUCUGGAGGACGUCCAGGAGACGGGGCACUACGUCGGCUUCUGCGGCCUGGGCCUGAGCUGCCAGCAGCUGGAGAACGCGCAGCUGCGCGACCACCUGGGCAUGCGGCCCGGCAUGACGGGCGUGCUGGUCAACCGGGUGCAGUCGCUCACCGACUCCCACAACCACAUCCGCAAGGACGACGUCCUCAUGGCCUUCGACGGCGUGCCCAUCGCCAACGACGGAACAGUCAGCUUCCGCAAGCGGGAGCGCAUCUCGUUCGACCACCUGGUGGCCAUGAAGAAGGCGGGCGAGACAGCGGUGGUCAAGGUCCUGCGGGACGGCAAAGAGCUCGACCUCGAAGUGGAGGUCAACCCGGUGAAGGCGCUGGUCCCGAUCCACCAGUACGACAAGCUGCCGAGCUACUUCAUCUUUGCGGGCCUGGUGUUCGUGCCGCUGACGCAGCCGUACCUGCACGAGUACGGCGACGACUGGUACAACACGUCCCCGCGCCGCCUCUGCGAGCGCGCCAUGCGCUCCCUGCCCACCCAGGAGGGCGAGCAGAUGGUCAUCCUCUCGCAGGUCCUUAUCGAUGACAUCAACUCAGGCUACCAGACUUUAGCAGAUUUACAGGUAAAGAAGGUAAACGGCAUAGACGUUAGGAAUCUUAGGCACCUGCGGCGGCUGGUUGAGGGUUGUACGGAAAAGCACGUGCGCUUCGACUUAGACGACGAGAGGGUCAUGGUGUUGAACUUUGACGAAGCCAAGCGAGCUUCUGAAGGCAUUCUGAGCCGCCACAGGAUCCCUAGUCACAUAUCGGAAGAUCUUAUGGAGGACAGGUUUGGGGACUCGGGGGAUGCGGUGGACUCGACAUGGCCCGAUCGAGUGGCGGAACACUGGGCGAUACCAGUAGGCAAUAGGACUUCCUCAAAAUUGUGAAAUUUCGGUGAGCUGUGAGCUUAAAGGUGUCUCGAAGGGGUGCAUUCAAAACUGUUUUUGUGGUGAUCAAAACUGUGUGCUCGGUCGCCUGCAUGCCCCACAUGGUAGCUGGUCACGGAAGAUGCCGAGGGAAACUGAUGGCUGGUGGGCC